UGAUCCUCUUCUGUUCCUCCUCCCCCCUUCACCAUCCUCAUCACGAUCAUUAAACUCCUACUAGACUUCUUCAACGGCGCACCCACCACCUCGCGCGUGCCCAGCUAGCUUUUUGCCUGGAUUGCUCUGCUGCCGCCCAUUCGCCCCGCCAGCUCAGCCGCGCGGUCACGGGUUGCGUGCUGGUUGCCAGACGCAGCCAACCGCUGCCGGGCGGCGCCAUUCGGCACGCCAGUGGCUUGCAUCGCACGUUUGCCGGCCCCGGCAAUCCUGCCACCCAACUCCUUCGCAACAUCGUCAUCCCCACACAAAGUGUGGGGUGUCGAAACAAGGUCAAACCCGACUCAAAUAGGACAGACAGACCCAGCGCCCGUGUCGGCCCUUUCCCACCCUUGACGCCACCCAAACACUUUCCAAACGUCGACUCUCGGCCACGGACGAGUUCCCCCAAUCAGGCCGAGAUGACGCUAUCCCCAGCCUCGUCCGCCUGCGCAGUCUCUGCGUGGUCGUCCGCUGGCUAUCUCUGGACCAAGGCAAGAUGUUCGCCGCAGUCCAGCAACUACGGCCGCGACUGGGCUUUGAGUUCUCAUCUCUUGGUGGGCAGGUAGGGCAUUCGCCGCUCACCCCGCGACCCGCUCCCUCGACUCUGCGAAAGCUUGCGCUUCCUCUUCUCGGCCUGCCCGAGCUCUACCGCCUGCGCCGCUCCAUGACUCCACAUCCCGCACUAUGCCACACCAAGACUUGCCUUUUGCAAUGGCACACUACGCAUUGCCGGACAAUCUGCUUCGCGUCCACACGGCUCCGCUCGAUCGUCCCGCCAUCAGCCCCCCCAACCUGCAUGUAGUAAGUGCUUGUAUGCAGUCCUCCACAAGCUGCUGUCCCCUGGUUGUCCAUCCACAGACUCCGGAACCGCCACCCCACGUAGCCCGCAUUUCCGCAUCACGUCUGUCGGUAGCAGCUCAAGUAGUCAGUCACUGUUCCAGACGCACGAGACGCCCAUGCUCGCACCGCGUCGUCAGUGGCACCACGCCCAAGCGUUUUCCCUCAUAAAACCUCGCGACCCCUCCCCUAAUCUUCUUGUCACGUCCCCCUCUUGACACGGACCUCCACGCCAGGGCCAACUCCACCCCCGUGUUAUUGUUCAACAUCCCUGCGAGACAAGUCCUCGCCUUCUCUCUGCCUCAGCAAAAGCAAGCCAGUUGGCCUUAACGGUCUUGGUGGUCAGGUUACACAACACGCCUUGCUUCUAACCGUCGUCCCCGGCCCUGCCUAGAAGGGCAACCAACAUCAGCGAAGAUGGGUUUCGUUCGCAAGGCUUCUAUUGUCAAGCCCGAGGGCGAGGUUGGCAAGACCUGGCCAGGCGUGGUCAUUGGCUUCUUCGUCGCCUUUGGUGGCGUUCUAUUUGGCUAUGACACUGGAACCAUCAGCGGCAUCAUUGCCAUGCCUUACUGGCAAGACAGCUUCAGCACUGGAUACAUCAAUCCCAAGGGCCAUCUCGACAUCACGACCGAUCAGGAGUCGGCCAUUGUCUCCAUUCUAUCUGCAGGCACCUUUUUUGGCGCGCUGUUCUCGCCCUUUAUGGGUGACUACAUUGGCCGACGCUGGGCCUUGAUGUUGUCGACCUGGGUCUUUAACCUAGGUGUCGCGCUGCAGACCGCUGCCACGGCGAUCCCCAUGUUCCUCGCGGGACGAUUCUUUGCCGGCUUUGGCGUCGGCCUCAUCUCUGCAUUGAUUCCCCUUUAUCAGUCCGAGACAGCGCCCAAGUGGCUUCGCGGCGCCAUCGUCGGUGCUUACCAGCUGGCCAUCACCAUCGGCCUGCUGCUUGCGGCCGUCGUCAACAACGCCACGGCCAAUCGAAAUGACUCGGGCAGCUACCGCAUUCCCAUUGCCGUGCAGUUUGCCUGGUCUCUCAUCCUAUUUGGCGGCCUGCUCUUCCUCCCGGAGACGCCGCGCUACCUCAUCCGCAGCGGCAAGCACGAAAAGGCUAAAGCCGCCCUCGGUUACAUCCGCCGCCUCCCAUCGGACCACCCUGCCAUUCAGGCAGAGCACGACGAGAUUCAGGCCCACCACGAAUUCGAGAUGAGCCUCGGCAAGGCGUCGUACCUCACCUGUUUCAAGCCACCCAUCCUGAAGCGCCAGUUCACGGGUAUGGCGCUGCAGGCGCUGCAGCAGCUCACGGGCAUCAACUUCAUCUUCUACUACGGCACAAAGUACUUCCAGAACUCGGGUGUCUCGAGCGGCUUCGUCAUUCAGAUGAUCACGUCAGCCAUCAACGUCGCCUCGACCAUCCCGGGUCUCUACGCCAUCGAUAAGUGGGGUCGCCGCCCGCUGCUCCUCUGGGGCGCCGUCGGCAUGUGCGUCUCGCAGUUCGUCGUCGCCAUGGCGGGCACCUUGUCCUCGGGCCAGACCUCCGACGGCGUUGUCACCGUCACCAACCUCUCGGGUCAGAAGACGGCCGUCGCCUUUUCGUGCAUCUUCAUAUUCUUCUUCGCCUCCACGUGGGGUCCCCUCGCGUGGGUCGUCACGGGCGAGAUCUUCCCGCUCAAGACGCGUGCCAGGUCCCUCAGCAUAACCACGGCCACCAACUGGCUCUUCAACUGGGCCAUUGCCUACUCCACGCCAUACCUGGUCAACUAUGGCCCGGGUUUCGCCAACCUACAGUCCAAGAUCUUCUUCAUCUGGUUCGGCUGCUGCUUCAUCUGCAUCGCCUUUGUCAUCUUCUUCAUCUACGAGACUAAGGGUCUCACCCUCGAGGAAAUUGACCUCUUAUACACGGACGUCUCGUCGGCGCGCAAGUCGUCCAAGUGGCGCCCAAAGGACACCUGGGUGCACCGCCAGAGCAUCGCCCAUCACGGCGCCGAUGGUGGUGACCCCUCGCACCCUGACGAGAAUGGCGGCCUCAAGGGCGUGUCGAGCUUGCAGCCCGAUGGCGGCGCGGCCGCUACUCACCACGAGAAGGACGCCACUCCUUAAAUAGUAGUGAGCAGUUGGGUCGCGCGGCGACGUGCGCAACGGUUAUUUAUACCCAGAUGCAAUAAACUGAAGCUCCCGCCCACCCCCAGGGGUGGACGAGGCCAAACACGUAGCAGCAUGGGACCCCUUUGGGGGUCUUUUGGCGUCACUGGCGUUUAUUGGCAUGGUAUGGUAUGGGAUCUUAUGGGAUGGGAUGUGGAUAGCUUUGAAUACCUCUUGAUACAACUCUUGAUACCUCUUUGCAGGGGCGCGGGCUGGGCGUCAUCUAUACAUUUACUUUCAUGGGUUUUCGUCGUCUUACGUACUGCAGUCCUAUCAGUGACAGCCUGAGGUACUGUGCGCCGGGAGGUCUCGGCAGCAUCAUGACUCUGCGCGCAGUGCUGUAGCCGCGCCAGAUGCGUUUCCAGGGAACGGAGAUGCAAAACUCGCUUCUUACCAUGAGCAACAUGUACCACACACAAUAUUGCACUAACUUGAUGCCACCACUGUACCUCGCAGAAUGACGAGCCACUACAAAAUGCAAGGCAG